AUGCAGGUCCACCUGGCUCAACCUGGAUGCUUCCUCUUCGAGAUCUUGGUCCAAAUGCAGCUACCACUGAUCCGCAAAGUCAUCGAUCUCACGGGCAAAAUCCUACCUGUUGACUUGCGGGUAUGGCACCCAAUGGCAGUGAAAACCCUGGACGAAGCACCUUGGACUUUACGACCAGGAUCCUUCCGAUGUGCAAAUGGAUUUCCUCACACUGCGCAUUUUGGACUUCAUGAUGGUCAGGUAUGGUGUGGACUCCAGAAUUUGAUCCAAGCGGUGACACCACCAGCACAUGCAGUGUUUGCUGUCCAUCCAGCCUUCGCACAAGCUCUAACUGGACAACCGGCUAUCGACAGCCCAAAGCCAACCAGAUGCGGAAAGAAUACAGCUGAGGCCUUUGGGCAUUGGACUUUGCUCUGGGGUCAUCAAGUCAGCACUGGACUUUGCUGGACUCACUUUAAUGGAUUUUCAUCACCAUGCAGCCAAGAAGCACACAGAUUGGCAAAGGCAAUUUCGAAUGCGUUGGGGCUGGACUUUCACCCACCGCAUUCAAAAUCAUGGAUUGCCCAGAUUGACUCCAACACGUGCGGAACUGUGGCGCUGGUGCAUCUCUUUCAGCUCUUGAACCCUGGACUUAUGGUUCCACCCACUGCCAUAAAGCUCAUACAUGAGUGGAUUCUGGCACAUCCAGCACUGCAGGGAAGGAUUUUCGCUCAGGGCCUAGCUGACCUGUCCACAGAUCAAAUGGCCAAACUCAAGCAACUCUUAUUCGAUCAUGGAGUACCAGAAGCCAAAGUCGACGAAAGAGCCAAAUUUGUGGUGCAAAAAUUGGAAGCUCCGGCCAUCAUCGAGCUGACCUCUGAACAGCUGGAGAAGUUCAACAUGACAAAGAUUUCUUUUCCAGCCACCUACAAAGGGACGGGUGAACCAGUUCUCAUCUUUGGCAGCUUGAAGAACCUGGGGGACAAGAAGAUCAACAGGCACAUGAUUGGAGCCAAAACUCAGAUCGACACUAUCAACACGGCAGUCAUCCGCAUCCACGCCUACAAAGAUGAACUUCAAGCUCAAUGGCAAGACCUGGUGAAGUCCCCUGUGAGACUCAUUAGCACCAUCGUCCCACAGCUCCAAUUAUGUGCGGGUGAGGGCUGUGGCCAAGAUUGUCCAAAGUCACAUCCAGCAAUUGGAGAAAAUCUUGACUCCAUAACCAUGGAAGUUUGGGGCAGAUCUUUUGGGAAACUUGAAGGUGGGCGAGCACCUGCUGCUGAAGCAACCUACUUCUCUGUGUAUAUCAGGGUGCCUGAAUCCAUCCUCAAGAGCCUCUUGCAGUCCAACAUCACUGGUAUCUACCUUGACCCACGCCAAGACAAAUCCCCAGAUGAACGAUACCGAGUGAUUUGGCUGUCAGUUCAUACACUGGCAGAAGCGCAGCACUCCCUCAAAACAUGUGCCAAAGCACUUGGACUUGUGCGACUGCGGCACAAAUAUGGAUUGCGUGUUGAGACGGUGGACGAGGAGGCGGCUUUCAAAUUCCUCAAGCCAGAUGCCACCUACAUCGCCACAAGAGUCCAGAGAACAUUCCAACUCUUCCCAUUGCCACAUGGACUUCAACGAGCUGGGCUGAUCAAAAUUCUGACUGAUUUGGAAUGGGUCGCAAAACCACUCCAACCAGGACGCGGCCAACAAGAUGGAAUCUCUUGGAUGGUGGGGUCCACCACAGCACCACCAGUGGCGGUCUUUUCCAGUUUUGGCAAGGAAGUCUUGAUUACUGAGACCACCAAGCAGCAAGCUCCCACAAAGCCUUUGAACUUCCUGGCAUCUACCAAAACACAGAAACACUUGCGUACGGAAGCCGGAUCCUCCACUAUGGCAUCCACUGAUCCAUGGCAAGAUGCCAGUGCGGACCCCUGGAACUCCUGGAAACCCACAUCAGGAGAAAAUGGAGCCAGCAAACCAGCAGCUGGGGAAAGUCACCUUGCUGAUAUCACGAACAAGUUAAGGGAUGAAAUUCAGACCACGAUGCGCAAAGAGUUGGACGACUACAAGUCCAGCCAAGAUGCAACUAUGGCGGAGCACGAUGAUGCCGCAACAGAGCAGAGAUUUGCUCGCAUUGAGUCAACUCUGGGUGAGAUCCAAGCUCAGCAAGGCCAGUUCAACCAAUGGGUCACCCAGGUUGGCGAAGCCUCAACGGCAACAGAGACGGCAAUCCAAACCAUCAACUACACCCUGAGCAUGCCUCAGCAGGAGCUCCACGGCUUGCACCACGAGAUCAAGAAUGUCUCAGACAGCGUUGGCCAAACGCUCCAGAAGACACUUGCAAGCCACCAAACUGAGAUGUCGGCAGACUUUGCAGCGAGAUUUGACAAGCUUGCAGCAAUGUUUGCCAAGAAGCACUGCAGUGAAUGA